GCCGUCACCAGGUGGCCGCCACCUAGAGAAUCAGGACCUGUCUCUUGGCUUGGACAGCCACUCGUCACCUCUUCUCAACCUCGAAGAGAAUUCCGCUCCGUCUAGCGCAUCGCAACACAAGCUCCAGAGACGAACCGCACCACACCCGUCACGAUGUCGAUGUUUCGGGCCAAGAAGCUCGAUCUUGGCUGCUUCGUCAAUAUCAAGAUUAUCCGAGACCACUCCAAGAGGAAAGCCUAUGCUCAGUUUGAGCCCGAGAGGCAAGCCCUGCGAUAUAUCAUCCGAAAUACCACCCUACCCCAGCGCGUUCGAGCCGAGGCCCAGCUCCAGCUCACCCAGAUGCACUGCUACACCCGGCCGACGCAGAUCCGCGGACGAUGUCUGCUGGGCGGCAAGGGGAGGGGUGUACUACGCGAUUUCAAGCUCUCCAGAUACAACUUCCGAAUGCAAGCCCUCGACGGCAACAUACCGGGCGUCCGCAAAGCGAGCUGGUAAAAGAGAGCGGCAAGGGGAGCGGACGAGCGAUGGCUGCCACGAGCACGGGAUGUAGGGCGCGCCACACACUCUAUACCACCAUACCGGUCCAUGUGCUAUACGGCGGCAAGACCGAAAUGUAAUAUCACAUAACACUUGGGGGUGCGGCUAUGCUCGUAUAGAUAACGGGGAUGCGGAGACACGUGUGUUUCGAUGGUCUACUGCCUACAUGCCUAUAUGCCUACCAGGUGGCCUCUUCAUGGUUGGUGCGGUUGUCUCUCUGGUAAAUCGGCCCGCCAUAAACCUGCGGCGCGCAUGUUGGCUCGGGCCUACGGGAUACGUUUCCUUGGCUAGAUUGCCGUAUUAUAGUCAUUCUCCUCUUCGGCAAAGAAGACGUCCACACCAUGGAAGUGUCUGUUGUAUCUAUAUAGACUGCCCCCACUGCAAGUAGCUUGACGUAUAUACAUGACAUAUGUACCUAUCGUUCAACGUGGAAGCUACGCGCUGUCUACGGUUUCCUUGGAAGCACCUGGCAAACUGCUACUCGGGUACAUCCGCGUUGGGUAAGUGGCUUCCUCUCGUUCUCGCGCCAGCGGCUGGCCAUUUGAGACUCCCACGGGAGGCAUAGACACCUAUCCUAAGCCAC